GAAACGCUGCGAGGCCUCGUGGUUGCGGAUCUCAAAGGCGUUGUAGGAGAUGUCAAUGUCCAGCGAACUCAAGGCCGCUGUCAAAUGGGAUUCCACGGCAACUGCUUUUAUUUAGCAGUAACUGCAAAGUACCUUCAGACUCUUCAGCUUCCGGUGCAGAUCUUUCAGCCUUCCGGUAUAGAUUCAGCCUUUCAUCGCAGACCCACAGGCUUCUUGAUAUGGACUCGCUCGGGACACUGCAGCGAGCUCCAGACCUUCGACUGGACUCCGGCCUCCAUCAUGCAGACAGACCUUCUGCACACUUCCUCAUCCAACUCUGUGGGAAGCCACUUGAUGGGAAUGGAUGAGCUUAGCGAGGCGCCCCAGCUGCUCCAUGGUCAGGAACGAGGGCAGCGCUGCCGCAGCUGCGCCCCAGACAGAGCCAAGCAGGACUCCGGUCUGCGCAAGAGUGGGCUGAGAUCUGCACGCUCUCUCUGUGUCUCUGUCCCUCCGUCUGUCUCUGUCUCUGCCCUUCUGUCUCUCCUGCUUCUCUUUCAUGCUACCUCUGUACCAGCGGCCAAGUCCAUUGGGCCGCAGGACUCGGGAAAUGUCCCGCAGAGAGCACGAAUGCGCUUGGCCCGGCAGACAGCCCUCGGGGGACAGAUUCUGAAGGACGCUCAACUUUUACGGAUUGAGACAUCUACCCUCCGGGAUCAGCAGAGGGCCAGGGGUCAGAAGCCUGGCGGUUUCGAAGCAUCGAAGUCGCCAGGGCACACGGAGGCUGCACCGUCCCCGCCCGGAGUUGGCGCGAGCUGGGGCCCGGCCCGAGGAACCCAGCUCCGGGCUCUGCCCCCCGCCGCGCUCCCGAGGGCUGGCGAGGGAGCCGGGGAACUUCACCCGGGCCUCGCAGGCCCGAGCGUGGGACCCGUCCCCUCCUCCUCGGGCGCUGCACCCCCGGCCCGAGACCGGAUGGCGCCCCGCGGCCGUCGCACUCACCUCGGCCGGCCGAGCCGAGCCGCUCUGAGCUGCGGGGGCCGGAGGGCCCGGGGUCCGCGGCCACCCCGCCGCGCAGACUUAUCCCUUCCGCAGACUUGUCGCAGGAGCGAUAUCCUCGGAGCCUCGGGAGGCCGGCGAUCCCCGCUCCGCUCCGGCGCGCACAGCGCCGACAGCUCCCCACGAAUCCCGGUCCUCCGCUUGUUCUGCAGCCGCGCCGCCCCUCAGGCACGGGCGCCUCGAGUCUCCGCACCCCGGGUCCUCGCGUCACAGGCCAGCGAGGACCUGCGAUCCGCUGCGAGCUGUAGCCUCCGGACCCCGGCCGCCGGGCCCCGCGCCGGGUGCUGCUUCCCCGGUACGAACCGCGCGGUGGUACAGACCGACUACCCGCGCCGGCUGGAGGGGCUGAGCGCCGCGCAGCGACCCCUGGGGGUCAGUCCCCGCCUCUGCAAACUGUCCUGGCCAUGCCCCCUGCCCCGCCCCCGAGGCGCCAGAGCUCCGCCGUCCCUCCUCCGCCUUGCUCCUGUGCCUCUCAGCCCAUCUGCCUGGCGUUGGCAGGUCACCAGCCUCCUGGACACUUGA